CUGACAAUCCACAAUAAUGAUGUUGAAAUGCGCUGAAUGCAGAAAUCUUUAUUUCUGUUUCCAAAACAACGUGAAUUAUAAUGUUCGUCUCCAAUUAGAAUAAUGUUGGCCGAUUGUAAUAUAUAUGUGGAAGAGGUUAUUAUGCACGUUCAUGAAAAUACCAUCAUUGCUUGACAUUACAAGAGUUGUUACACGUUGCACUCCGUUCUUCAGUGUCAUUUGCUAUUCCUUAAAAUGUCCAUUGCGAAAUCUCUCCUUCAUCUGAAAGUAAUCUUGUGUAUUUGCGUAAAGUGGCAAUGAUUUUUUAAAAUAUUUUUUUUGUACUUUGAGAUAUCUCAUUAAGGCCAUGGAUUUUUUUGAACUAAAAGAGUGAAGUUCUGUUUCUAGUGACAAAAGAUACAGGCAUGUAUUUUAUUUAUUAGCAGUUCGUCUUGGCAGAAGUUGUCAAGCCACUAUCGCUUUAUGAGAUACGUUGUGGUAGUAUGUUGUUUUUCACGGUUGUCAUGGCACUUUAGCUUUAUGAAAUACGUUGUGAGAGUAUGUUCUUCGCGAUGGUUGACUUACAUGCGUGGAUCUGCCUGCCUAAGGUACCAUGUAUUUGUGUUUGUAAAUGUGCACCUUGCGCGGGGGAGAGAGAUGCAUGUGCACCUUGCGGCAGCUGGCCCACAGAUAUGUUUACAUCUGUGGCUAAUAGGUAACCAGUUCUUAUUGACAAAUCGAUUCGAAUUAGGGUUGAAGUUCUGGAGACAUGUAAGGUACACUGUUCACAUGCUUAUAUUCAAGAUUGCGUUGACGAAAGUGUUAAAGUAAAUUAUGUUCGUCGUCAUUGUUUGACGUAUCUUACAUUCACUACCUAAUAACAAAAUUAUAUUGCGCCUUGUGUAGUAUGCGUGUACUACAGUGCGAAGUAAUUUGAACCUUCGAUUAGAAUCACCAUAAGCAGAAGGCUAUUUUAGCCCGACGGCGGAGCGUUAAUUUUUAAGUUCUAGGAUCACCGUUACGACAAUUCAUGGGCACGGUAUACCAAAAAUUCUAGAAGUAACCACCAGCUGCUGCCUUUUUGUUGCUGUCAAAGCCUGAUAUCCCUUGAAUAUUUGGAACAAGAAUGGUUGCCAUAAGAUCAUGUUGGUCUCCUUGCAUAUGGAACAGCAAUGUCAAAGUUGGAACCUACAUGGUUGCAGCUUAUACUGCAUCCUUCAGUGUUGUCCUAAUUACACUGAUUGCAUAUAUGAUGAGUGGUGGGGAAUCAACCCAGCUAUAUUCACCAUUAUUUGAGACGGAUGUCAGAGGAUCUAUGCUUGGUGUUGGAGGGUUUUUCAUUGCCUACCUGCUGCUGCUGAUUGCAUUCUCUGUAUUCCUCAUUUUUGGUGUGGUGGAAACUAAUCGAGGAAUGAUGCUGCCAUGGAUGAUCUGCUUUGGAAUAGUAAUAUUGUUUCAGCUAGUUUUUGGCCUGUGGUUGCUUGGUGGAUACUACAUAUAUCUGGAUUCCGUUAUGGCAGCUCUUGUUGAUUGGCUUUGGAUGGCAUACAAUGCAUACUGCUGGACCUGUGUGUAUUCUCUGUACCAGAUAUUUAAGGAAAUGCAGUCCCCAAAUAUUGAACUGCUGUACCCGUGAACUAUAGCAGUUGCUCCAAUCAUCAGAAAAGCACCAUCUAAAUCUAUGAAUAGAUUAGGUAUAGUUACGACCACAAUUUUUUUAAAACUGGGAGUUACAUAUCAAAAAGAGUGUGUAAAGUUUCAGGUUUAUAAGAGAAGGAAACUUUAAUUCAUGUACAAAAUUAUGAAUCUCAUAUUGAUAUUUUGUAUUUUUGUAAUGAAUAUUUACUCCAGUAUUUACAGAGACAGUGUGUAAAGUUUGAAGGAUGGUUUUUACAUGACAUGAAACUUCCGUAUUAUGAGUAACCAAAGAAUGAAUGCUAAUGACCUUUUGUGAAAAAAAAGUAACAGGUGCACUCAUAAAGCAAGAGCUUUUUAUUUUGCUGGUGUUUUGGAAGAGAUUUGGAACUUAAUUAUCUAUUGUGACAUUAAUAAUGUAAGGGUUUGUUUUAUCUGUAGCUUUCUUAUAAAUUUUGUUUUGUUAUUUUAAUAAGAAAGUGAUCUGUAGUGGCUUUUUGCCUUCUGUUCAGUGCUGCUUGUAUUUUCAUUCGUUCAGUGAAAUGAUUGGUCUCUCUAAACCGAAGUAUUCAGGCAACCAGUAUUGCCUUCGGUCUACUUAUAAAAUAGUAACUAUAACUGUUUAUGAGAUUGUCAUGACCAGUUUGUCAUCAGUAAUACCAAUUAAGAAUACAUGCACCAUCUCUGUUUUUGCAGUUCUUUUGUUUGUGGUUUCUUUAAUUGAAUAAGUGACAUGCAUUUUACUCAUUAACUGUGCCAAAUGCAUCCUAUAUUCAUUGUUUCUGAACUAGAUCCAUUGUUACAUAGUUCCAAUCAAAACCAAGCACCAUGCUCCAGCAGAUAACAGUAAGAUAAGCCAGAAAUUGCUAGUUUGUGGUGGUGUUCUGUUAAUUAUAAUUCAUUUUUGUUUCUUUUCCCACAAAUGAAAACAAGAGGUGGCUUAAACACUUAAAUGUUCACAAAUGGAGGUUCCAUAAAGGUAUAUAAGAUCCAGCUGUGACUCCUUUUACCAGAUCUUUGAAAAUUCACUUAAUGAUGGAAUCGUGUAGUUAGCUCUACCUCUUUCCUCUCUUAAUCAAAAUGUAUUAAGUGAUCUGGAUGGCAUUAUUCACAAAAGAAACAUACCAUCAUAGUAUUUUUAGAUACUGUAAGAUUAGUAUAAACAACCCAACAACUAAUGCAUGUUGGUUGAGUAUGUGCUCAGCAAGUAAGUUUUAAUGGGAAAGUAUUUGUUGUAUUUUCUUAUGUUGCCAUUACUAGUAUGAAGUUAAAUAUUUUUCCUCCUUUUUUUCCUCAGAUGAACACACGGAUCUGGUCUCUCAUUAUGCGCACAAUAUCCAGUAAAAUUCCCCAGCAUGCUUUGGCUUUAUUAUGUUACUUCACGUGAAUAGAAACAGUACUUCCACUUCAAAUAAAAGUGUUCAUAGCAUUAUGUAUAUUUUUAGUUUUCAUUGUGAGGAAAGUUCAUUUGUGGAUCUUAUCAUAUAACCAUUGUGAUUUAUAUUGCAUUCAUAUGAAUAAUACAUUGGAACACUGUGUUCUGGAACAUUUACUCCGUGCUACGGUAUCAGUAAAUACUACAAACUAGUUCCUGUCAACCAAUCAGACUUAGAAUUACCAUUUGUGGGCAUUGGUAUUAUGAAUGUAUGGUUAACACCCAUCUGUAGUUUUUCAAAGAUAAUGUAGAUGCAUUCUUAAAAUUUGUGUUCUGUUACACUUGUAGCCACUAUCUAGUUUACAUGUAAUUAUCACUGAAAAAACUGGCUAUUUUUAAAGUUAUUCUACAGCAAAGAGGCCUUGCUAUAUGUUGUACAGUUUUGUCAUCAUGCAGAUGUAAAAUUUGCCUUUGCCUGUUUCAGUAAUUAAAAUAUUCUUGCAUCACUGUCUUCCAAAACACACACACACACACACACACACACACACACA